AUGUCUUCCCUAGCUGGUCUUGUCCAGCCCACCACCAGACAGUUGCUCACUGGCGCUGCUCUGCUGUUCUUGAUAGCGUUCUACUCGCCAUUGACGGUGCUGAUGCUAACGCCAGUAUAUGGCUCGGCUCCUGCCCAUAUCUUCCAUGGCUAUGGAGUGGCACUUGUUGGCGCUGCUGGAUGGUUCCUUAAGGACUACAUCCAGCGAUUGACCGGCCGCCGGGCUCUUUUCCUGCUCCCUGUUGUGGCAUUCUGGGUUCCUACCCUUCAGAGCUUCUUGUUCGCAUCAAGCUCCGUGAUGGGAAACCCCUUCGGAGCUGUAGUCACCGAGGUCAUCUCCUACUACCCUCUGCUUCUGCUCUCUGUGGCUUGUGCUGGUAAGCUGGUGCAGUCGGGCUUGGAUCUGGGCCGACACGGUGAUGCAGUCGCUGAGCAUGUUCCUCUCGUGGUCUCCUAUGUCCUCUACAAGACCGGCGAGAAGUUCGCCAGAGCAUUCCUGGCCAAGUUCAUUGGAACAACCUUCUUCUUUUCUCGUGCUGGUCUCCAACUCUUGCUCCCAGUCUUCUACACCGCUAUUGCCCCUUCCAAGUUCUUGCUCUUCGCUAUUCCCUCCCUUCUGUUCUCCAUGACGUCCAAUGUCCACAUGAACUCUGGAGCCUUGAACUCUUUCCUCAACGAGGAGGGAUUCGCCCUUGUUGCCCGCCAGGACUCCACCACCGGCUACAUCUCCGUCUUGGAUAACCUGAACGAUGGGUUCCGUGUCAUGCGUUGCGACCACAGCCUGCUCGGCGGCCAGUGGACCAAAAUGCCCAACAACUACAACCCUGCCGUGAUGGACCCGAUCUACUCGGUCUUCACCAUGCUCGAGGCCGUCCGUCUGGUUGAAACCGACCACGGGGAGCCCCGCGUAGAUGCCAACAGCAAGGCACUCGUCAUCGGCCUCGGUGUCGGCACCACCCCCUCUGCCCUAAUCCACCACGGCAUCGAGACCACCAUCGUGGAACUCGACCCUGUCGUGCACAAGUUCGCCACCGAAUACUUCCACCUUCCCUCGAACCACAUCGCCGCCAUCGAAGACGCCACCACCUUCGUGAAGCGCACUCCCCCAGCCCAGUACGACUACAUCGUCCACGACGUCUUCACCGGAGGCGUCGAGCCCCUCGAGCUCUUCACUCUCGAGUUCCUCGAAAGCCUAUCCUCCCUUCUCAAGGACGACGGAGUCAUCGCCAUCAACUACGCCGGCGACAUCUCCCUCUACCCCGCCGCCCUAACCGUCCGCACCAUCCAAUACGUCUUCCCAACCUGCCGCAUCUUCCGCGAAGCCUCCGACUCCGACCUCACCACCGACUUCACCAACAUGGUGAUCUUCUGCAAGAAGAGCUCCGCCACGCCGCUCACCUUCCGCGACCCCGUUUCGGCCGAUUACAUGGGCAGCAAGUUCCGCCAGAUGUAUCUGAUGCCGAAGGUCGAAAUUGACGCUAGUCGCUUCGAGACUAUCGAGAAGGGCGGUCGUCGUGUCCUUCACUCCAUGAACACCCACCUGCUUCAUAAGUACCAGGAUCGGUCGGCUCUCGAGCAUUGGAAUAUUAUGCGCCAUGUGUUGCCUGAUUUUGUUUGGGAGAAUUGGUGAUGGUUUUGAUACUACACUAUACUUUCGGUAUGUAAUUUUUUACUGUGUCUCUGAGAGAUAGAUUGAUUGGUUUUCGUUGUUGUGGUUUCGGAUAUUUGUAUUCCUACUAGUACUAGGUGUGGUUUCGGGUGGUUAUGGCAUAAUAUAACUUUAUAAUGAUGUAGUUUUGAGUUUGGGAGACUAUACUAGUGUCUGUUCUGUCUU